AUGAAAAUUCUGGUUAUUAACCCCAAUAGCUCCGAAUCUAUGACCCGGUCGGUGGCGGAAGCCCUGGGCGGCAACUGCAACGCCAAUGGCAUCAAUUACGACGUUGUGUUCGCCACAGGUCCAAAGGAUUCUCCGCCAGAAAUCAAUGAUGAGAGAACGGCUGUGCAAAGUGCGGAGAGCUGCUGGAAGGUGUUGGGAGAUUCGAGAAACCCCUUACAUUACGCUAACUAUCAAGGUAUUGUAAUUGCUUGUUUCUCCGAUCAUCCUCUGGUUAAGAUGAUUCAGCAGCAAGAAUCUGGCCCACCAGUUUGUUCAUUGUUAAGGCCAUCUGUGUUUUAUUUAGAUUUAUUCGGAGGCGGCGCGGGGGGAAACAAGCCCCCCUUUUCUAUUAUUACUUCUUCGAAAGAGUGGGUGGAGCCGCUUGAUCUUUCUCUGCAUAGGAUGGUGGCACCGGAACAACGUAGUAGUUGGCGCCCCACGGUAGCCGCCCAAGUUAAUCCACUCGGUUUGUCAGGGGAGGCAGACCAUGUAGCCCGUGUCAUUAGAGACGAGAACUACGGAGAGUACGGCAGCAAGACAGUUAUACUAGGUUGUGCGGGUUACUGCGGUAUUAGGGACCAACUACAGUCGUUAGUACCAAGUGAAGUUACAUUGAUAGAACCUUGUAAAGUAGCUGUCGAAUUCGUGGUAGCAGCUGCUAAGAUUAAUGACAGGGAGGUUUGCAAGGUCGGUGAUCUACAAUGA